AUGAGAGAAAAAUAUAUAGUUUUCCCAAGAAGCCAUGAAGACCGAAAUAAAAUAAGGGCAAGAUUAUAUCAAAACUUUGGCAUUCCUGGGGUUCUAGGGUGCAUAGACUGCACACAAAUAGCUAUUAUAAGACCUAUAGAAAAUGAAGAACGAUUUUUCUGUAGAAAACAUUACCAUUCAUUGAAUGUUCAGCUUAUUUGUGAUGCAGAUAUGCAAAUAACAAGCGUGGAUGCUAGUUUUAGAGGGGCCACACAUGAUUCCUUCAUAUGGAAUUCCCAUCCCAUUAAAAAUCAUUUGGAAAUUUGGAUGAAACAACAUGGUGAUUCUGGCUAUCCACUGAGGAAGUUUCUUAUGACACCAGUGGUAAAUGCUCUCCCUGAAACUCCGGAAGGCCACUACACUAAUGUACAUGUUCGAGCCAGGAAUGUAAUUGAGAGAACUAUUGGCCUUCUAAAGUCACGCUUUCGUUGCCUCUUGGCCCACAGAGUUCUACACUAUAAACCCCAAGUUGCUGCAUCUAUUGUUAAUGCUUGUGUCAUUUUACACAAUAUUUGCAAUAAAGCAAAUCUUACAGCACCAGAAUUGAGUGAUGCAGACAGCUCUCAAGAAGCUCAAAUGCAGCCUACCAAUCUUGCUGAAGAUACUGUGAGUAGCAGCCAAAACAACCAAGCAUUUCAACAGGGUGUAGCUAUUCGGAAUGAUCUCAUUCGUCGACUGUGGGAUGUCCGGCGUUCCUGA